GAUAGCUGGCAGCUCUGUCGCGCGAUUAUGUUUAGCGUUGGGAAGACAAAAUGUCUUAUCAACUUGCCAAUGAAGUUCCGAGAAGCGAGAGAUUAUCGCAAUUAACUAAGCAAGAAAAAGUUAUAGAAGAGAAAAAACGAGAAAUUGAACGUAGAUUGGAAGACAAGCGAAGGAAAGAGAAGAGAAAAGCUGAAGCAAAGGUUUAUCAAGGUGAAAAGUCCAGUGAAUAUGAAACGGAUUCCACGGAAGGAAUGUCAAAUACCGGCCUGAAUACGUUUAAAAACGAUGGCAGUUUCUUAGAGCAGUUUAAAAAAUUGCAAGAAAUAAAAGCUAAACAGAAUUCAGAAGGAAAAAAGAGACAAGAAGCUAAAUAUGGUUCAGAAGAAAGGCUAAAUAAAUCAAAACCAUCUGCUAUAAUAAUGAAAUUACAAGGUGGAAAACGGGUUCAACAAUUAGAUACUGGAUUACAAUCAAAAUUGUUAGAUGAUGAUGAUGAUGAUUCAGUUUCUCCACCAGAGGAUCAAGAAGUUAAAACUGCUGUGGAAAAGGUUGCCAUAAGUGUUGUAGUGAAUGGAGCAAAUGCAGAAGAACUAGCUCGUGAAUCAAAUAUCAACAAUCCAUUAUAUAGUUAUGGAGUACCUAAUUCUUGGNCAAACCAUUUGGUAUUGCACAUGUGUUACAUUAGAUCAUUAGAUUUUUUUUAUAUUAAGAUUAUUGAAUUUAGUUUAAAAUUUAAUAUUUUAAAUUUGAUAUUUAACUUAGAAGAAAAGUUACAUUUAUAUUCAGAUAAAGAAGAUAAUCAAGGUGCACAAAGAAAACGAAAAAGUAGAUGGGGACCACAAGAAGAAAGUGCUUCAACAAAUAUACUUCCUCCUUCUGUGCAACAAGAUCCAGGACUUGUAUCUUAUGCUGUACAAGUAUUUGGAAAUACUGACUUAACUCCUUCACAAUGGAAACAAUUAGAAGAUCAACAAAAAAUGAGAGUAUUAUAUGAAAUGAUGCAAAUUAAGCAAAAACAGCUUGAAGCAAAAAUGAAAGCUGGAAAAUUUCAGUAUGAAUAUGAUUCAGAUGAGGAAAUUGAUGGUGGGACAUGGGAACAUAAAAAACGCAAAAAAGAAAUGGAUAAAACAAAAGAUUGGGCAGAUGAACUGACAGAGAAAGGAAAAGGUAAACAUCAUAUAGGUGAUUUUCUACCUCCAGAUGAACUAGAACGGUUUAUGGAAAAAUGGGAUGCUAUUAAGGAAGGUCGCAUGCCUGAUUUAUCCGAUUAUAAAGAUUAUAAAAUACAAUCGGAUAACAUUGGUUAUCAGAUGUUGCAAAAACUUGGUUGGAACGAAGGACAAGGAUUAGGUUCAGAUGGAAGUGGUAUUGUUGCUCCUGUUAACAAAGCAACUCCACCUGUUGAAAAUGCGGGUUUUGGUCAAGGCCGACCAGAGGAAAUUCAGGCAGGGGAUGAUGAAUAUGAAGCAUAUAGGAAAAGAAUGAUGCUUGCAUAUAGAUUCAGACCCAAUCCAUUAAAUAAUCCACGCAGGCCUUAUUAUUGAAGAUGUUUUUUACAUUUUGAGUUUUAAUUCAGUAUUUCUGAUAAAUUGACUUAUAAAAGAAUUCUUGUAACAGCUAUACAACUUAAAUUCUGUGUUUGUUUUUCACUAUUUGUUUUCGUAUCUUUUCCGGUUAUUUCUGUUGUAGUAUGUAAAUGUAUUGUGUUUGUAUUGAAUUAUAGGAAUUCAUAAUUACAUUUUAUUAAAUGUGGAAAGUCAUUACUAUAAAGAAAUCCUAUUUUAUAAAUAAAAAAAAAGUCAUAUAUGAACAUGAAAUGAUGAAAUUUUGUUUAUUUAAAGUUUAUGUAAAUCAUUUUGUGUAUUGUCUCUUAAUAGUUUAAAUAUCAAUCUCAUUAUU